AUGCCCGGAGAUGAUGAUAAAACAGCUGGGUCGUCGCUGGAAAUGUUUGCGAAUGUUCAGGCGCCAGCCGAGUUCAAUUUUUCCCAGCCACAACAGUGGCCUCAAUGGAAGAAACGCUUUGAGCGUUAUAUGUCAGUAAGUGGUUUUGGAAAGAAAUCUAAUAAAGAAAAAAUCGACAUGCUUAUUUAUCUCAUGGGGUGCAGAGAGAGACCCGGUGAACCAGUCGAAAAUUUCAUAACCAGCUUGCAUGCGCUAGCAGAGCACUGCGACUAUGGAGCCUUGAAAGAAGAGCUGAUACGUGACAGAAUCGUCAUAGGUGUAGCUAAUGAAAAAGUUAGUGAACGGCUUCAGUUAAGGGACAAAUUAAUCUUGUGCGAAGCGAUUACAGCGGUGAGGCAGGCCGAAUUACAGGGUACCCAAAAUAAAAUAAUCAGACAAGAGCAAUCGGUCAGUGCAAUAAAAAGCAGUAGUCAAAACACAGGUCAAAAUUUCAAAUCAAAAGAAAUGCCUUCUGCUUCGUCCAGGGUUCGUACAAAAAGAUGCGCAUUCUGUGGUUUGAGUACAUGUGAAGACAGAGCCAAAUGUCCAGCAAAAUCGUCAAUUUGUCGUGCCUGCGCGAAACGGGGACAUUGGAGUGUAAUGUGCAGAAAUAAAAAGUCAGUACGUGCAGUAGAGCACAGUGAUUCUGAAUUGAGUUCUGAGGAGCAGGAACAGCAGAAUGUUUCACAGGUAACCAAGGAUGAAAACGGAGUUGGAAAUUUUAUUGGUCAAGUAUACCUUGAUAAACAGGACCGUUGGUAUGUAGACAUUCUACUUGAUAAUAAACAUAAGAUUCCGUUUUUCGUAGACACUGGGGCAGAUGUCAGUUGUUUUCCCUAUGAGUUGUUACCUGAUGAAUUCAUAAGUAAGUUAAUUUUAUGUGAGCCUGUGGGAGCAUCUGACAAUCAUAGGUUAGAUACAGUGGGUAAAAUAAAAGUCAACUUAACAUAUGAGGGUAAAACGAACCAAGAGACCGUUUAUGUAGUUAGGAAGUUAAGGCAGCCAAUUUUGGGAAGAAAUGCUAUAAUUAGUUUCAAGGUUCUAAAUUUUCCUACUAAAAAUGUUUGUUUAAUUAGCGAUUAUAAUUUUAAUUGUAGGAAAAAUCAGGACAGUUUGUCUAAAUUUACCUUAGAGAGCAUUUCUAGACAGUUUCAGGGUAUUUUUAGUGAAAUAGGGCAAUUUAAAAAUAAAAUGUCAAUCCAGAUUAAGCCAAACGCUAAGCCGUUUGUACAAUCUGUACCUCGUACCGUGCCCUUAGCCCUGCUCCCUAAGCUAAAGACAGAAUUAGAUAGGUUAUUGAAACUCAAUAUUAUAGAGCCAAUUGAGACUCCAACUACAUGGGUUAGUCCAAUAGUAUGUGUUGAUAAAGGCGAUACAGUUCGCUUAUGUUGUGACUAUACCAAGUUGAAUGAAAGUGUUCUCCGGUCUCACUUCCCCUUACCCAAAAUCGAGCAUACUUUGUCCCAACUAAGUGGCUCAAAAUACUUUUCAAAACUAGACACAACAAGUGGUUUCUAUCAAAUCAAGUUAAAUGAAGAAAGUCAACUUUUGACUACUUUUAUAACACCAUACGGCCGUUGUUCGCACUCUAUAAAGUUUUUUUGGUGA